AUGUCAGUAACAGUAAGGGUGGCUUUACGAGUACGACCUCUGAGCGAAAAAGAAAAAAAAGAGAAUAAUCAUUCAAAUAACUUUUUAACAUUCGUAUCUCAGCAACCACAACAGAUCAGAAUUGAUCAAGAUCGUCGUACUUUUACUUUUGAUUAUGUGUAUCCACCUCACAUAAGCCAAGAAGAAGUAUAUCAAUCUUGUAUACAGUCUUUGUUUGAACAGUACACAAAAGGGUGUAAUGCAACCAUAUUAGCCUAUGGACAAACCGGCAGUGGAAAGACAUACAGUAUGGGUACUGCUGGUCAUACAGACAGCAUUCAUUCAGACAGUGGUAUUAUUCCUCGCUUUGCAGAGAAUUUGUUUGCCUGGAUUGAGAAUCAACAAAACAAUACGGCAUACCAAGUCAAAGUUUCUUUUCUUGAACUCUACAAUGAAGACAUCAUUGAUUUACUUAAUCCUAAAGAAAUGAAUAGCGUCAUUUCAAUUCGAGAGGACGCUAAUGGCCAUAUUUCAUGGUCAGGCGUGCAUGAAAAACCAGUUCAGAAAUCUACUGAUCUUUUAAAUUGUCUCUUUCAAGGCUCUGUAUCACGCACAACAGCUUCAACUGAUAUGAAUUCAAAUUCCUCUAGAUCACACGCUAUUUUUACUGUAACACUCAUUCAACAUAUCAGCACAACCUUCAACGACCAAGUCAUUCAUAAAAAACUGGAAUCUAAAUUUCAUUUUGUAGACCUUGCUGGAUCUGAAAGACUUAAGAAAACCAACGCCGUAGGCGAACGAGCCAAGGAAGGCAUUUCCAUCAACUCGGGUCUUUUGGCCCUUGGUAACGUUAUUUCUGCUCUAGGCGAUGAAUCCAAACGUCAACAGCAACAUGUACCUUAUCGAAACUCUAAGCUAACCAGACUUCUACAAGACAGUUUGGGCGGUAACAGCCAAACCUUGAUGUUGGCAUGUGUUUCACCGGCGGAGAGCAACGCCAAUGAAACACUGAGUACCCUCAAAUAUGCUAACCGGGCAAAGAAUAUUACAAACACCGUUAUCAUUAAUCAGGAGCAAAGCCUCACAGACGCACUAAAAGAAGAAAUCAUGCGUUUGCGUGAAGAAAUCCAAAUAAAUGACGCAUUUGUUAAAGAAGUUCAUGUGGAGCUGGAUGACCUUAGAGCAAAAAACAUUGCAUUACAGACAGCAUUGAACAGUCAUGGGGUGUCCGUUCCGAUCAUGGACACACCACCCAAGCUACUAUUGAAGCCACCUGCAUCAAAAAAGAAGGAAGAUGACGAGGUAACACUCAUUGGGUCUAUCGGUGAUGACGAUAAUAGUAUGAUGAGAGCUUUACCUAAACAAAUGAUCAAGUCCACAAGCACUAAAAGAAAAAGAAAAAACGGCAACAGUGAUAAAAAGAAAUCAAAUGUGGAAGGCAAAGGUGACAAUGCUUUUCUCUUGACACUUGAGAAGCACAAGAACCGACUCAAGAAAGAAGCUUUGUUUGUGAAGCAAAUUAAAGCUGACAGCAACAUAUCAUCAGACCCUGUCAUCUUUGCUAAGAUGGUAAGCAUGUUUCAAUCAAGCAUCAAAGAGCAAAAGCAAUUGUUUCAUUAUCUUGAGCAAACUGCCCAUAAGCAAGAAGCCAAUAAAAAGAUGCCUACCUCGGCUGAUAAAAAGAAACCUAGCAAGCCAAGUAUGAUCAAGCAACCAACCACAUUUACUUCUACUGUCGUGGAAACUCAAGCAGAUACUCAACUCUUGACAGUGGAGAUUCAGGUGCUCUCUGAUAAACUCAAGCAGAUUGUAUCUACAAUUAAGAAAGCGAUUGUCUUGACAAAUAACCCCGCUACUCCUCUAUCACAAAUAAAGACAUUGCUCAACAAAGCUGCCACUAUUCAUAACACAAACAGUACGAGUAAUAGCAGCGCAGGAAGCAACACAAGCAAAGUAUCCAAAGUCAAUCUUCCAACAAGAAAAUCAAUUACCGUUGGAAAGCGUAUUAAUAUCGAAGAGAUACGAACCGAAAUUCAAAGUGUCAUCGCUAUAGAUCAUAUUAAAUCACAUCCUAUUUGUUUAGAAAUGAUGAAAGCACUCAAACAAGAGAAAAUUAAACUGAUGCGUGAACAAAAAGACUUGCUUAAAGAAAGAAAUGCAAUGCUCAAAGAGUUCUACAAGGAUGAAUAUGAACAACAGCAGCAGAUGCAGCAAUACAUGGACGAAAGAAUAGAUAUGAUCACAGUUCAAGUAGAUUUGAUUACAGAACGUAUAAAGCUAUUGUCUGCUUCCUCUAUACCCUCUAUUAUUAACAAGAACAACCAGAGUCUAAUUGAUAUAUUGAAGCCCUUGAAGGAAGGUGAUUUAAGAGCCCUUAUUUUACUCAUGAUUCAGCAAGACCUAGUUACUUUCAAUAUACAGUCUCAACUUCAGCAUCAAACAGCACAGACACUAGAAAAGUUCCAACAAGGCAUUGUUCAACUAAGAAGAACAAGUAAAGUGAUGAAUAACCAAAUCUUGGUUGAUUUACUUAGAUCGCCUGUGCGAUGUCUGUCAAACGGUUUAUUACUCAUUUCUUGGAAGUGA